AUGGUCGCGGGUAUUUGCACACGGGCCUUGGAUCGUAGGACAGCCGCAACUCAAUCGUCGCCAUAUUUGAAAGAGCCGCGCAAGGUACUCUCCGUGGGACUUGCGAGACAAGGACCCCCUCGACCGCCACACUAUGGUGGCCCUCAGUGGCACGAUGAGACGUUCCACCCGGACUUCGUCUUGAGAAUCACAUACCAGAACAUUUCAGUCGGAUGUCAAUCACGGACAUCUGUGGUGGCUAAUGGCACAUCCCCAGGCCCACCCAUCAGGAUACCUGCUGGGAAGACGAGCUGGAUCCGAGUAUACAACGACAUGGAUCAGUACAACGCGACGAUACACUGGCAUGGACUCGCCCAACGCAUGGCUCCAUUCGCAGACGGUACACCGGCAGCGAGUCAGUGGCCAAUCCCGGCCAAACGCUUCUUCGACUAUGAAGUGCGUCCGCUAAAGGACGAAGCUGGCACGUACUUUUAUCAUUCGCACGUUGGAUUUCAAGCUGUGUCUUGUGCUGGACCUUUGAUUGUCGAAGAUGCUGGUCCUCCACCGUACGCCUACGAUGAAGAGCGCAUUGUCAUGCUGACAGACUACUUCAACAAGACUGACCACACGAUCGAGAGCGGACUUGUUGGUGUGCCUUUCACCUGGUCGGGCGAGACCAAUGCGGUCCUGAUCAAUGGUGUCGGUGUGGCGACUGGCGAGAAGGCAGGCACCGGCUCAUGCAAACUGCCUGUGAUCAACGUCGAUCCAGGCAAGACAUACCGCAUGCGCUUCAUUGGAGCAACUGCACUGUCAAUGACCCAGUUUGCGAUCGUCGGACAUGAUAACUUCACAAUCGUCGAAGCCGAUGGCCACUACACGCAGCCACACUCGGAGAAGUUCAUGCAGCUUUCGACCGGACAGCGAUUCGAUGUCAUCUUCAAAGCAAAGAGCCAGGCCGAGCUGGGCAACACCACCGAUUACCUGAUCCAGCUGCAGACGAAGGACCGCCCUGCAGUUUACAACGGCUACGGCGUGCUUCGAUACUCUGGAGGCCAGCCAUCGAUCACAACCGGCCCAGCAAAACCGCCCAUUUCGUUGACGAACGCCACCUACAGCUGGGCAGAGUAUGCCUUGGAACCACUGUACCCAAACAACUUCCCAACAGCUGCAGAGGUGACUCGCCGUCUUGAGAUCGAUAGCCGACAAGUUCUCACGCAUACCGACAUUUGGCGCAUGAAUGGACUGCAGUGGAAUGAGACAUCGAGCCCGUAUCCAGGUGACACACCGUAUCUGGUCCAGAUCUAUGAGAAGGGACCAUCUGCCAUUCCAAACUAUACCGCUGCUCUCGAGAAUCAAGGGUGGGAUCCGUAUACGCUUACGUUCCCAGCAAAGAUUGGAGAGGUCAUUGAAAUCAUCUGGUAUAACACCGGAUCUCUGGUCAUGAACAAUGGCGGCCAAGAUUACCACCCCUUCCACGCCCACGGCGGUCACUACUACGAUUGUGGCAGCGGAAACGGCACCUACAACGCCACAGAAAACGAGAAGAAGCUGGCAGGCUACAACCCAGUCCUGCGAGACACGACGAACUUGUACAGAUACACAUCCGUCACCACGGCCGGCAACAAGUUGGGCUGGCGAGCCUGGCGCAUUCGCGUCACGGACCCAGGCGUGUGGAUGGUCCACUGCCAUAUCCUCCAGCACAUGAUCAUGGGCAUGCAGUCAGUCUGGGUGAUGGGCGACUUUGCACAGGUUGCCGACGUCCCACCUACCGAUAUUGCGGACUACUUGGUGUUUGGUGGCGAUGUGAACGGAAAUGAUACACAUCCUCCCCGGGUAGUGCAUUACUGGGGCGAUGACGACGACCACUGGUGGUAG